CACAUCAUCCAGAUCCCCACCCCCUACCAGUAGUGCUCUCCCGGUGUGACUUGCGAGCUCGAUCGCGCAAUGGCGGCUCGCGCUGGGAAGGCCCUCGCCUUGGCCAUGCUGAUCUCCUUCCUUGUGGUCCAGGGGACAACGGGGAAACUGACGGCAAACUGCUACUGCGUGUUCUACAAUUGGUGCUUUAACAUUGGCCCUAAGCCACGCGACCACCUCAUCUGCAUGGAGAAAAGCCUCAAGCAUUGUUUCAAGGGGUGCCCGCGUACUGCUACUACUCCUUACGUGACGCCACUGGCCGAUCUUGUCAACCCCGUUACAGACGAGCGCAGCAUGGCCGUUCCUGCCGGGGGUGCCGAUCACGGCGAGUUCAACGCCGCUGAAGAGGAUGCAGCUCCAUGAGGGCUGCGAGAGGCUGGCUGGAGACUUGGAGGACAGACACAGUUUGGCCGCGGUAUAGGCCGAGAAACUCUUCAGAAUAAAAGCCUUCUCGUAGUGAAAGUCUGUCUGUCAUGCACUGUACAAGAUCUCUGGCUCUGGCAAUAAAUAAACAUAACAAACAUAAUUACGUACUAGUAUAUGCUUGUCAUCUUGUUGUACGCCCCGGAUGUUCAAAACAUGAUGAACUGAUGUUGCAUAUGCUGCUUGGACAAAACUCAAGAGGUUUUAUACUAGUCUGAAUUUGUUUCCU